AUGAUGCUCGGCCAGCUCGGGUCAUCGGGCCGCGAGGCAGGCCUGCCAGUGGUCAAGAAGUUUAAAGCAGCUAACGAAUGUCGGAGCGCUUUGAAGACGGUUACGCCUAAUUUGCGACAAGAUCUGCAGGCGGGUGUUCAGGAGUGCACGACGCUCGGGGUAGAAGUGAUACGAGUAUGGAGCUACAGCACAUGUCAUCACCAAGAAAAAGAGCAAGACGCCGGACUGCUUUGA